GUGCCGAGUAGGAGGCUCCUAUAAAUCAGUGCGCCUUUCGUGGUAUUGUCCCAUCCAGGGAAGUGACAAGCACAGCUGUUACUUUCUUUACUGCAUGCACUAUGGCUUUACGAAGCUGUGGGUCUGUACUGAUCACCGGAUCAAACCGAGGCAUUGGACUAGCUCUGGUUCGGGAGUUGGUGACUGGGACCCCCUCUCCAAAAGUUGUGAUCGGAACCUGUCGCAAACCACAGGAGGGAAAGGAGCUUCAAGAUCUAGCCAAGAAAUACAGCAACUUCAGAGUAGUUCAGCUUGAUGUGAAUGAUGAAGACAGUAUUCAAAAAGCUGUAAAAGAAGUUGAAGGUCUAACAGGAAAUGAGGGACUGAAUUGCCUUAUUAACAAUGCUGGGACAAAUACUAUGGCCUCAUUAAAUGAUGUCAAUGUAGAAGUCAUGAUGUCAGCUUAUCGAACAAAUUCAGUCGGAGUAUUAAUGGUCACUAAGGCAUUUCUGCCCCUUCUUAAGAAGGCUGCUAAUUUAGUGUCUGGAAUGGGUGUUCACAGAGCUGCCAUAAUCAAUGUUUCAUCUGAUAGUGGAUCUAUACAACUGGCAGAGGAGAAGCUUAUAUAUCUGAAGGUUUACCCUUAUAGAAUAUCUAAGACAGCCUUGAACAUGAUCUCAAAGUGUCUUGCCCUAGAUUUAAAAUCAGAAGGUAUCCUGUGCAUUGCAUUUCAUCCUGGCUGGAUUCAAACAGAUAUGGGAGGUCCAUUGGCACCACUAACCCUGGAGGAGACCAUCCCUGAUGUAGUAACUGCAAUUUCCAACCUUGAGGAAAGGCACUCUGGAACUUUUAUUGACUGGAAAGGAAAUACAGUGCCCUGGUAAUGAUUUUGAAGAUGACUGCAGCAUAAUAACCCACAUGAAUAGCACCAUCUGUGUUGACGACCUAUGGACUAUUCGUGUAGCCUUUAUUUUUAACAUGGCAUUGUAACCUCAGUUUUGUAACAAAUCUGCUAUUACUUACAGAAUGUCAUUCUUCUCAAGGCAAAAUGUACUUCGUGCUGAGUAAAGCAGGGGUAUUUUACACACAGGCAUCUAAGGCUCAGAACAUUAAAAGUGGAGGCAAUGAUUUUAGAACAAGCAUAUGAUUAGAUUUCAUUUCUGGUUCUAGUUCUAGAACUGAAUUCAUGUGCUGACAAUUACAUAUUUUAAUUGUACUGCUGCAGAAAGGAUAUUUUGCAGUUAACAUUUUUUUAUUUCAUACAUUUAAAUCUGAAUCCCUAAGAUUAUGGCAACCAGACAGAAUUAAAAUAAAACUUGUAAUAAAUCUGAAA